CUUCGUAUACUACUUAAUUAGGGUUUUCUUAUAAUUAACCUAAUUUUAUUUUAUUCAAAUUAGGGUUUUUAUAUACGAAUUUUUGCAGCCGUUAAUAUUACCUGAUUCAGUUAUUUAGUAUGCCGAGAAGUUCUCGAAGUAAAUCGCAUAAGCAAAGCAAGCAUAGCUCUUCGUCGGCGACGGCAGCGAGAGAAUAUUCCGGUUCCGACGAGGAUGUGAAAGUGAAGGAAAAGAGUAGUAUUAAUGGCGGCAAAGAAGAUUCCGUUAGGGUUUCAGUUUCGAGUGAGAAAAGGAAACAUAUCAAGGAUUUGAUAGUGAAUCAUCUGAAUGGCGAUGUUAACGAAGAGUAUGCGAAUACGAAUACGAGCUUGUCGAAAAGGCGAGAGGAGAAGGUUCGAGAAGGGAGUGACAGGUGGAAUGGCGGGAGUAGUGAUGAGAAAGGAUUGAAUAUGGAUGUUUUGGGAAAGUCGAAGGAUUUAUCGAAAUCGGGGAGUGAUUCGAAGAGUAAGAGUAGUAAGAGGAAUGAUGGAGAGAGUGCGAGUGGUGUGUUGGAGAAGGAUCGAGGCGAAAAAAGGAAGUCGGAGAGGAAAGAGAGUAGUAGUAGUAGUCAGUAUGUAAAAGAGAGUAAGGAAUCGAAAGACAAGGAUAGGGGAAGAAAAAGUCAUUCUGAUAAGGUUGAGAAUGAGGCUGUAUCGAAGCAAGGCGAGAAUCAGUCGAGCAAACGAGUGAAAGAGAUUACUGAAUGGCCUAUAGAAGAAGAUUUGAGAAACCCCGAGUUAGAGAAGGAGCUCGAGAAGAGGAUGCGGAGAAGAGGAGAAAGUUCUAGUGACAAAGAUAAAUAUCAAGAUGACGUGAAAGAAGCCGAGGAUAGGCGUUUGUCUUCAAGAACUGAGCGUGCCAAGGAUGAAAGGCAUAAAAAUGAAGAGUAUGUAGAUGUUGUUAGAGAAGACAGUGUUAAAGAAACCCGACAAAGGGAUGAAAAGCAUCGUGAAGAUGGUGAACGUGAUAGAAAGAACAGGGACGUUAAGCACCGAGGAGAAAGUGAAAGAUAUAACAAACACAGAGAUGAUAAAUACCGUGAUGAUAAGUAUAGUGAAGAUGGUAAUAAAGAUAACAAAUACAAAGAUGAAAAGUAUAUCGAAAUAGCCGAGAAAGAUGAAAAGAUACGGGAUGGAAAACGCAAACAAGAUGAUGAUAGAGAUUAUAGACAUAAAGACGAUAAGUAUCGGGAUGCCAGACACCGGGAUGAUGCCGAUAGAGAGAAGAGAGUACGAGAUUCCAAGUAUGCAUCAAGAGACCAUCCAGUUGAGCCAGAGACCAAGCGGUUGAGGGAUGAUGGCAUUGUUGGUGACCUUUAUAAUAAGAAAACAAAUAACCGGGAUGGAAGCCCGAUUUAUGAUGAUCGAGUUGCCAGAUAUAAAGAUGACAAGGAUAGGAGAAGAGGUAAUGACAAAGACGAGUCUAAUGACUAUAGAUCCCGUAGCAUGAAGGAGCAACGUUCCGACGUAGAAAAAAGAUCUAGUGCUAAAGCAGAGUCGCUUUCUGAACGGGGAAGACCUGGUUCUCGUUAUGCCGAUGCGGAAGUAACCACUAGUCAUAGUCGUCGUAGGAGUUCUCCUGGUGGGAGCUCUUACCCUGCAAGAGAUCAGCACAGGGUUUCGAAGCAAGAAGAAUCUAAGUAUCGUGAUUAUGCUUAUGAAGAUCGAACUCGGCAUAAUGCUCACUCAAGUAGAGAUUACACUUCUGUCCCGGGACAAUCAGAUAAGAAAGUGACUCCAAAGGAUGAUAGUUACAUGAAGCCAGAUUCCCGAUCUUCUCCGCAAGUUGAUAAAUCCCCGUCAUCAACCAGUAACGAACGAAGGAACUUGAACAGGUCUGAUGCUAGAAGAAGUCUUGACCUUGAAGAGCCAGGCCCAAGAAGUGGUGGUUCCAAGGAUGCUGUUAAGGAUGGUAAAGGAAGUCGGGAUUUGUCUAUGGAGGCACAUCCUGACAAUGAUUUUUCACAAGUUGAUAAUGAAAAUUUAUCUGCUUCUUCUCCGUACACGAGAAAUAAUCACUUUUCUGGUAAUUCAAAGUCUCAUCUACCACCUCCGUCUCCAUCUUCAUUCAGAACAAGUUCUGAUAGCCCCUUUUUUGGCAAUACAGAAGAUGACAGAAAUAAGUCGAACAAUCGUCAUCGAAGGAUGGCUGACCAGAACAUGGGAAGAUCUCAAGGUAAUUGGAAAAAUGUCCCAAACUGGCCUUCCCCGAUGCCACCUGGUGGUUAUAUUCCUUUCCAGCAUGUUCCCCCACCCAUGUUUCAUCCCCUCAUGCAGCAAUUUCCCCCGCCAAUGUUUGGUAGACCACCAAUGAAAUUAAACCCAGGUUUGCCUUAUCAUGUUCCCGAACAUGGUCGACCUCUUGCAUGGCGGAAUCAAGUGGAUGAAUCGGUUCAACCCCCGUUGCAUGGAUGGGAUGCUAAUAAUGCUGUAUUUAGUGAUGAAUCCCACUUAUACGGUAGGCUCGAUUGGGAUCGAAGAAACCAAUUGAAUAACAGAGGGUGGGAGCAAAGUGGGGAUUUGUGGAAGAGCCAAAAUGCGGGACCAAGCAUGGAUGGGCAAUUGGGUCCCCAGAAAGAUGGGUAUUCGACUCACGGGCCAACUGAUGAAAGCUGGUCUGGGCAGACAAGCCAGCCUGAUGACAUUGAGCAAAAUCAACUGGAUAUUCAGGCUGAGACUUUAAAUCUUGAAAGAAUUGCUCCCGAAGCUCAGAAAGUCACUGAAAGCCCUCAAGUUUAUGAUGCAGUAAAGGAGGACAACAGUACUCUGAUCUCACGAGCGUAUCUUUCUAGGAUAGAUGUAUCUCAGGACCUUACUCAGCCCGAUCUGUUUGAAAAGUGUAUCGGUAUGAUGGAUGUAGAUCAAGACUCGUCUGAUGAGUUUGACUGCAAAAUUUUAUUUGUAGAGGAGAGUGUAGAAUCCAACAUUACCAAUGGUGCCUCACUAUUUACGGUCACAAAUGAUUCUGUUUUCCAGAAAGCAAUGUUUCUUUACAAGAAGCAAAAGGAAGAGCUCCAUUUGAUGUACAACGAGAAAUCAGACCCGGAGUUUGUUCCACCAUCUAAUAAAGAGAUAGGUGGUUCUGAUGGUGAUGGCAAGCCAUUGGAGGAGGUAGCUGCUGAGGACAUAGAUGAGGUUUCUAAAGACAGUGAUGCACCACCAGUUCAGAACCUUGACGCAGAAGCCAUCGUGAGUGAACAGAGCAAAUCCGAGGAACUAAUGGAUAUGGAGGUGGAUCAUGCCAUUGUAAAGCAAGAGGAAGAACCUGAGUUAACCAUGGCUCCAGUUGAAGAGUGUCUUGCACCCUCUGUUAGUGACCUGUUACCUUCCAAGGUUAAAGAAGAAAGUGAAUUUACCAAUGAUGAGAAGAUUGGUGGUGGUGAUGUGUCUUUAUCUGAUAUGUCAACUACUGGGGUGCCAGUGAUGUCGCCAAUUGAGUCAAUUGAGUUUGGGUCAGUAAAUCUAAAUCGGAUACAUCACCAUUCUCCUGAAAGUACACAUUGAGACAUUUUAUAUUUAUCUUUUUAAAUGCCAUCCCUGGCCCCCUUUUCUAUCUCUUAUUAUCGUUGCUUGUUUAUCAAUAAAACCUUUCUGUUUUUUA